AUGGACUCGUCAAUUUUGUCGCUGCAUUCUUCCCUGGACCGCUUGCUUCACACGAUAACAUAUACUCACGACUGGGUAUCUGAGAAGGAAAUUGCAGAUGCCUCAGAGCGAUGGAAUUCUCUGAUUGAAACCCCUGCCAAGGCUCUCAUUGACAAGGCCAAGGAGGAAAUCGAACAGCUUGACCAAGAAAAUCUUGCCCUUUCAUUGGCAGUAGGGUUAGGGUUAUACAACUAG